UGGCUCCGGAAGACGUCACGUAACACACCGCUAGCGUUAGCCUUCAUCGCUGGCAUCUAACGGCGGCAGCAGCAGGUUCGAGUCGCUACGAGCUUCGUGUGAUUUGAUAAAUUGUCCAGCUGUCGCCAAAAUGAUUUCCCUCACGGAUUCACAAAAAAUUGGAAUGGGGCUGACAGGGUUCGGUGUGUUCUUCCUCUUCUUUGGGAUGAUGCUGUUUUUUGAUAAAGCUCUCCUCGCCAUUGGAAAUAUUCUGUUUGUCUCAGGUCUGUCCUUCGUUAUCGGCCUGGAGCGAACAUUCAGGUUCUUCUUCCAGAGACACAAAGUAAAAGCCACCAGCUUCUUCCUGGGAGGAGUGUUAGUGGUUCUGAUCGGCUGGCCGAUCAUUGGAGUCGUUCUGGAGAUCUAUGGUUUCUUCCUCUUAUUCAGAGGAUUCUUCCCGGUGGCAGUAGGCUUCAUCAGACGAGUACCUUUGCUUGGGUCUUUGCUCGGCUUACCAGGAAUCAGUACACUGGUGGAUAAAAUUGGUGAGAGCAACAAUAUGGUAUAACAGUGGGCUGGUUUUGUACUGGAGAAGAGUUUCCGUAUUUAUCCUAGUUUCCAAUAGUGACUGUAUAUUUUGGUCAUUGCCACUCCACAACUGUGAAUCCAAACAUGUUUCUGCACAGAAGACACAAGUGUAUCUGUGGACGUUUGACAUCAUGAUGUUUUGUAUCCGACCGCCACUUGGACAACGUUACCAAGAGUUUUUUUAACUUUAAUUUUAAAAGCUGGAAGCAGGUCUCCUGUUUUGUAUCAUUCCAGUCUGAUAUUUAUAAGUUGGGGCCACUGGAUGAACUCAGCGGAGAGUCAGGAGCUCUACACAGCGUAUACUCCUCCAGAUUGUGUGCCUGAACAGUCACUGAGAGCUUUUCUUCAAUGAAGUGUUACUGGAAUUUUGUACAUUAAAAAAUAAAUAAUGUUGAGCUAAAUGUUAUGUGGGUGAGGAAACCUGACCUGUUGUGUAAAAAGGUUUAGGAUGAUUGUUAUGGAUAUGUUUUACUGUAACUUUUGUAAGUGCAUACUUGAAAUAAAGUGUGUUUUUUUUUUUUUUUU